UCUCGCGAGACUAUACGAGAAGAUAAGUUGAGGGAACAUGGCGACGUCUAAUUUGCUAAAGAACAAAGGCUCCCUUCAAUUUGAGGAUAAAUGGGACCUGAUGCGUCCCAUAGUUUUGAAGCUGCUACGGCAGGAGUCGGUCACCAAACAACAGUGGUUUGACCUGUUCUCAGACGUCCAUGCUGUAUGUCUGUGGGAUGACAAAGGUCCAGCUAAGAUCCACCAGGCCCUCAAAGACGACAUCCUUGAUUUCAUCAAACAAGCACAGGCACGGGUGUUGAGUCACCAGGAUGACACGGCGUUGCUGAAGGCCUAUAUUGUGGAGUGGAGGAAGUUUUUCACACAGUGUGACAUCUUGCCCAAGCCCUUCUGUCAGCUGGAAAUCACACUGAUGGGCAAACAAGGAAGCAACAAGAAGUCCAACGUGGAGGACAGCAUAGUGCGCAAGCUGAUGCUAGACACGUGGAACGAGUCCAUCUUCUCCAACAUUAAAAACAGGCUACAGGAUAGCGCCAUGAAGCUUGUCCACGCUGAGAGGCUGGGAGAGGCCUUUGACUCCCAGCUGGUCAUCGGAGUGCGGGAGUCUUACGUGAACCUGUGCUCCAACCCUGAUGACAAGCUGCAAAUCUACAGGGACAACUUUGAGAAAGCAUAUAUGGAUUCUACUGAGAGGUUCUACAGAACACAAGCACCCGCCUACCUCCAGCAAAAUGGGGUCCAAAACUACAUGAAAUAUGCGGACUCAAAGCUGAGGGAAGAGGAGAAACGUGCACUGAGAUACCUGGAGACGAGACGUGACUGUAAUUCUGUACAGGCAUUAAUGGAGUGUUGCGUCAAUGCACUGGUAACAUCAUUCAAGGAGACCAUCUUAGCCGAGUGUCCAGGCAUGAUCAAACGAAAUGAGACAGAGAGUGAGUACGGCAGGACUGCUCCCACCAAAGGCACAGCCAGCUCAGAGUUGCAUCUGAUGUUCUCUCUUAUGGACAAAGUGCCCAGCGGCAUCGAACCUAUGUUGAAGGACCUGGAGGAGCACAUCAUGAGCGCUGGCCUGGCUGAUAUGGUGGCCUCAGCAGAGACGAUCACCUCUGACUCAGAGAAAUAUGUGGAGCAGCUGCUCACCUUGUUUAACCGCUUUAGUCGUCUGGUGAAAGAGGCCUUUCAGGACGACCCACGCUUCCUGACAGCGAGAGACAAAGCAUAUAAAGCUGUUGUGAAUGAUGCCACUAUAUUUAAAUUAGAACUUCCAUUGAAACAGAAAGGGGUAGGUCUGAAAACUCAACCAGAGUCCAAGUGUCCAGAGCUGCUGGCCAACUACUGUGAUAUGCUCUUGAGGAAGACCCCACUGAGCAAGAAGCUCACAUCUGAGGAGAUUGAGGCCAAGCUCAAGGAAGUGCUUUUAGUGCUGAAAUAUGUCCAGAACAAAGACGUGUUCAUGCGCUACCACAAAGCCCACCUGACCCGUCGACUCAUCCUGGACAUCUCAGCAGACAGCGAGAUAGAGGAGAACAUGGUGGAGUGGCUCCGGGAAGUAGGAAUGCCAGCUGACUAUGUCAACAAGCUGGCCAGGAUGUUUCAAGACAUCAAAGUGUCAGAGGACCUCAACCAGUCUUUCAAAGAGAUGCACAAACAUAACAAGCUCGCUUUACCAGCUGACUCGGUCAACAUAAAGAUCCUGAACGCUGGAGCGUGGUCGAGGAGCAGCGAGAAGGUUUUCGUCUCUCUACCUACAGAGCUGGAAGAUUUGAUACCAGAGGUAGAAGACUUCUAUAAGAAGAACCACAGUGGCAGGAAGCUUCACUGGCAUCACCUCAUGUCCAACGGCAUUAUAACCUUUAAGAAUGAGGUGGGACAGUAUGACCUGGAGGUGACCACCUUCCAGCUGGCUGUGCUGUUUGCCUGGAACCAGAGGCCCAGGGAAAGGAUCAGCUUUGAAAACCUCAAGCUAGCAACUGAGCUGCCGGACGCCGAGCUGCGACGCACACUCUGGUCUCUGGUGGCGUUUCCUAAACUCAAGCGGCAGGUGUUGUCGUACGACCCAGUGGUGUCUUCACCAAAAGACUUUGCGGAAGGAACACUAUUCUACGUCAACCAGGAGUUUUCUCUCAUAAAAAACUCAAAGGUUCAGAAAAGGGGGAAGAUUAACCUGAUUGGUCGGCUGCAGCUCACCACAGAGCGAAUGAGAGAGGAGGAGAACGAAGGCAUCGUCCAGCUCAGGAUACUAAGAACACAGGAGGCCAUAAUCCAGAUCAUGAAGAUGAGGAAGCGCAUUAACAAUGCUCAGCUACAGACGGAGCUGGUGGAGAUCCUAAAGAACAUGUUUUUACCUCAGAAGAAGAUGAUCAAGGAGCAGAUCGAGUGGCUGAUAGAUCACAAGUACAUAAAGCGGGAUGAGACCGAUAUAAAUACCUUCAUCUACAUGGCAUAG